CAAUAUUGCGAGGCCAACGUGAACUGAACGAGAGACUGUGAGCUGUAGAUUCUAGGGAUUUUGCCCAACGAAAUUUGGCAAAACUGGUUUGUUGUCGUCCACGAAGUAUAAGGUCUGGUAUAGGUUAUGUUUAAUUCCAGAGAGUAGGUGUUUAAUUCAGUUUUAAGUUAACAGGUAACCUGGAAACCGUUAGCAUCAUGAUUAUCUGUUCUCACAUUACUAGAAAAUGAUGCACCACAUACAGAGGAACGAUAAAAUACUUCAACUUUAUGCGUACACGUCGUUUCUUUGAUAUUGCAACUCUCAAUGCUUAAAUAUACUGCUUUUGCUUUCUACUGGGGAAAAAUUAGGUUAGGACGAAACGUGUGACAAAUUAACUCGCUGCAUCACAGAUUACAACACUUUUAACUUGUACUGCAAUUAUGUCUGACGAAGAAUUGCAAGAGGAGGAAAGGGAAGUGUUGUCUUCCAUAUAUGAGGGGGAUCCUGCAUUCAAGCAGUUAUCUUCUACAGUAUUUCAGUAUAAGUAUGGGCAAGAUGAUGAACCAAGGUCUUUUCUUUUGGAAGUGUCUUGGGGAAAGACAUAUCCUACUGAAAAACCAACAAUUAAUAUGGAUACAUUUUAUAAUCGACAUAUACUUCCAGAAAUUAAGGAAAAUAUAGUUACAGUAGUAAAUCAAGAAGCUGAACAGUACUUAGGAGCAGCAAUGACCUACACACUAUUUGAAUUUGUUAAAGAGAAAGCGGAAGAGUUGAUUGCAGCCCAACCAGAUGCCAUAGUGAAGGACCUUGGUGUGUCUAUGGAUUGUGUGUCUAUUUCUGAACCACAGGAAGUGGAAACUAAGAAAGCAGCAAAGAAGGAACAUUUAAGUAAGGCGCAGAAGAGGAAACAAUGGGACAGAGUUGAUGCGAGAGGAGAGAAACCUCGAGGUUGGGAUUGGGUGGAUGUGGUGAAGCAUUUGUCACAAACCGGACAAAAACAAGUUCAGAACCAGGAAGUGCCUACAAGUGCAACUUCUUGAAAUUUCUUCCAAAUAUGUGGUAUCGGUGCAUUAUUUUCUUCCCCUGGCUGUGUGAUUACCUCAGCAACAGCUGUCAAAAAUCCUAUAAAGUGUAAACUGAAACUUAUAGAAAAUAUCUGUAUAUAUUUGUUAAUAAAUUAACAAUAUUCAGUUUAACUUGACUUUUUCAAAAAUCCUAUCAGAAAAGAACAGUUAUAGCUUGAUGUAAAAUAUAAAUUAGCUUUGAAAUAUAUUUUGUCUGCAGUUUCAUUAAUUAUUGUUUGUAUUAAAUUCAACAAAAUAAUUCCUCAAAUUAUUUAAGCAAAAAAGUUCUUUAUAGGAAAACUUAUCUUACAACACUUUCUCACACAUUCAGUCUGAAGAACUUCAAAACAAAUAGCCCAUGGAAGAAUUGUAUUAACAAAAAUUGCCUUUUAAUUCCAAUCACAAAGUUUUAGAAUGAAGAUGUGUCUCAGAUGUCCAAUUGCUGCGCCAUUCAUCAACUCCCAGCUGAUGAUUUUGUGUGGACCAACCUAUUGAUCUUAGUGCUGUAAAGAAUUCACUGAAUUCUUUUGAGAUCACAUCAUCUGUUGCCAAUACUGCUUCUAAGGGAAUUCGCAUCGCUUUUUUGGACCCUGC